AUGCAUUCUACAACCGGUCAAACAUCCUCAACAGUAUCCUCAUCUUCAAAUUCUACGUCAUCUUCGAAAACAACAACUAAUAUUGAACAAUACCAUUAUCCACCAAUUUCAACACUUCGUCGACCGAGUCGACCAAGUAACAUUGAUUUAUCUGUAUUCGAUGUAAAUAAUACUCAACAACAAAAUGAUCCUGGUAUUUAUUCUGCACCAGUUUGUCAUUUGAAACAAACUCAAAAUUCAAAUCAUCCUCAUGCACAUCAUAUACAACAACAAUCGUUAAUUUUAUCACCUCAUGCUCAUACUGCUACUUUUCAUUAUCAACCACCACAGCAGCAACAACAGCAAUGUAUUCAAUUAUCUUCACACCAUCAACAGCAGCAGCAGCAGCAACAUAAUAUUCAUCAGUAUCAACAGCAAAACCAUCUUCAUCAUCAACAACAACAACAACAACAGCAGCAGCAGCAGCAACAACAACAACAACGACAUUUACUAGAUCCUUUUUCUCAGCAUCAACAUACACCGCAUACAUUUCCAUUACAAACAUCCUCAAAUCAUUAUCAGCAUUAUUUUCAUUUCCCACCAUCAACACAAAACCUUGGAACAACAAAUAAUUCAACACCACCAGCAUACAAUCAAUUAACAUUACAAGCUAAUGUAACAAGUAAUGGUCAUCAUUCACCAUUGAGUCAUCGUCCAAACCAAAUAUCAUCAUCAACAACAAAUACAAGUCAACCAUCUACACCUACGCAUAAUAAUCGUUUACUUGCUGUACAAAUUCAAGAACAACAACAAUGGUCUAAUCCAGUUCUCAGUCCAUUUAUGGUUAAACGAAUGAAUGAAGGUGGAAAUGUUGUUACAUCAAUGCAAAUUGACGAUGACGAAGAUCCAUCAGCUUCAAUAGAUGCGCUUGUUGCUGACGUUGAUUCGAAUUCACAUGAUCUACUUGAUGAUUCACAAAAUAAAUCUGUUGAUGAAAACAAACCAACAUCAACAGCACCAUUGAAUAAAUCUCGUGCAAAUACAACAUCUCCAUCGCCACAUUUAUAUCUUCGUAGUACAUCCCAUAUAUUAACAACACCACCAAAUCCACUUGCAUCAACUGAUCAUCCCGAUAAUCAAUUAACCGUUGCGAGUAAUUUCCAAAAAACAUUUAGUCCUCUUCAUAGUGCAGGCUUUGAAUUAACAUCCAAUCAUAAUAUUCAAAUUUCAUCGUCGACUGUAGCAGCGAGAACCUCAUUUUUUACGUUCGAUGCAAAUGUUCUCAAAGAAAACGAUUUGAAAAAUCAUUUAAAUGAUGAAAAUAAAGAUAAUAAUCAAGAUCAAAUGACUAAACCGUUGAUUAUAAAUACGGACGAAAGAAUAAACAUGAUGUCAACAAAUGGUUUGAAUCAAGAUGAUAAUAGUAAUCACAGUUCGACUAAUAGUAAUAGUCAACAUACGUCAUCAAGAACUCAUAGUCAGAUGUUACACUCAUCAGGAGACAAAAACCGAUUAUCGUCUUCAUCGAGUGAUGUUAAAUUAUCACCAUUGGGUUCAACAAAUAAUAAUAAAUCUCAAACAAAUAAUUCAUCAUUAUCGCCUCAACAACAAACUAAUCGACACUAUUGCAGCCAUCCGGAGUGUGGAAAACUAUUUGCCAAUAAAAGUGCAUUAGCAAAACAUAAACUUACUCAUUGUCAAGAUAGAAAACAUAAAUGUUCAAAAUGUAACAAAGGUUUUAAACGACUUGAUCAUCUUCAUGGCCAUAUGCUUACACAUGAAGAAGAAAAGCCACACAAGUGUCGUGUGCCAGAUUGUAAUCGAACCUAUUGUGAUGCUCGAUCAUUAAAGCGACAUAUUGAAAAUGCACAUCAAAAUAUCUUAGCUGCUAUACAUGAAGGUGGACAUGAAGAAUAUAGAAAUUUUUUACCGGAAACAGCAUUUGUUAAAACCAAGGAAUUAAGUAGUGAUUUUUCAAUUGAUUCCAUUGAUCAUAAUUCUCCUCAAUCAUCAUCGAUGGAUAAUGAACCAUCAUUUUCUAUGAAUCAACAAAAUCGGUCAUCAUCGAAUGGAAACAAAUUAGUAACAACCUAUACAUUUGAUGAAGAAAAAUGUGUUGAAUGCCAUAUUUGUAAAAGAAGUUUUAAAAAUGGUGCAGCACUCAAUGGUCAUAUGCGUUUACAUGGUGGAUUUAAUGACAAACAAGUGUUACCUACAACGCUUGAAGGUAUGCCGAGAAAAAAACGUCUAAUAAAUUCAUCAAACAGCGAACAUCGUAUUACAAAACGAAAGCGUUUCGAUUCGCCUUCGACGUCCAAUGAGUCGAACUCCAGAUCUUCAGUUCAAUGUCAAAUGCCAAUUAAAAAUGGAGAAGAAGAUAUUGCGAUGAUGUCUUCAUCGCCGAGUAAUUCAACAAAUGAUAUUUAUCAACAAACAAUGUAUCGAACAUUACCGCCAUGUUCGGAUGUGCUGCAUCAUCGUUCAUACGAUCGACUAUCAUCAUCAUCACGUACACGUUCAAUAUCAUCGUCAGUUGUACAACCAGCAGCAAGCCCAUUAGCCUAUUAUAAUAUUAAAAAUCCAAUGAGUGUACAACCGACGACGAAUGUUCUAAAACCGAGUCGAAAACAAAUGCCAUUACCAUUAUAUUUAUAUGAUAAGAAUAAUAAUCAUCAUUAUGGUUUUGAUUUAUGUUCCAAUGAAGAGUCUAUUUACAAUCGAAUGCAUAUGCCAAAUAAUAUAAAUAAUCCGUUAAAUGUAUCGACUGGACUAUUACGAUUUGAUCCAUUUACUAAUGCAGAAGCGUUUCCCAAUGUUACAACAAUACAACAUCAUCAUCAUGAUGAGAAAAUGAGAAAAACUUUAUCGGCCGAUGAAACCUCGAAAUAUUAUCAUCAUGACAGACAGAUGAUGAAUGAAUUUUCGCCUUCCAAUCAUCCUCAACAUCCAUAUUUUCGAUCGACAUCUACUCAACAUCAUCCAACAAAUUUCUCUCAAUUUUCCAUUCCUUCACAUUCAACUUCAAGUAUAACUCCGAAUCUUCUUCAAAGGAUUAUCUAUCAUACAAAUGAUUUAUUAAAUAAAGAAUUUUAUGUACCACAUAACGAACUUCUCAAUCCACAUCAUUCAACCGUAGAUGAAUCAAACCGUUAUACGCCAUCGUCGAGUCCAUAUACAGCACAAUUAUAUCACUCACCAUCGCCACAUGUUGUUCAUUCGCCCGGUGAUAGAAUACCUAAUUCUACUUCAUCACUCAUAAAUACUCCGGUUACAUCCCCUUAUUCAAGUAUGAACGCUAGUCACUGUUCACCAUCAUCAUCUAAUGAUAUGUGCAAUAAUAAUAAUGUAUCGAUAGUUAAUAGUAGACAAUCGUCGCCACUUACAAAUUCAUCAUCAUCCCAUGGCGUACUUAAAAAACGUAUUUUAAAUGCUUUAAAACAGGAAGCACAAGAUGAACAACAUACAAAUCAGACAAUAUUAGAGUAUUCACCUUUGAUGGAACAACAAAGUUUUGAACAAGAUAAGCAGUCAAUAAAUCGUGAAAAUUCAUCAGAAGAUCCCACAUCAUCAAUAGUAAAAACAAGUCCUCCUGUUCAUAAUCCAACAGUUGAAUCAGUAAAAAAGUCAACAUCAGGCUUUCUUAUUAUAUCUCCGUCAUCAUCGAGUCGUGCAAGUUCAUCAACAUCAACGUCAUCAGCUAAAACUCAUUUCAAUUAUGAAAAUGUUACUUCAGUAAAUCCAUUAAAAUCACCUGAUAGCACUACUAUUAACAAUAUGAAUAAUAGUUCAUUUCAAUGGCCAUCACAGAUUUCACAAUUUCGUCGACUACAAAAUCUUGGUAGUCAAACACCAAAUCCACUUCCAUCAACUCCUUAUACACCACCGCCCAUGCUCAGCCCAUUUCGUAAAGGCUCAGGUCUCUAUUAUCAAGUUUUUUCUCAAACAACACCAGUUCCAGCACAGACGUCAACUGUAGCAACACCUGUUCUACCAUUUACACCAAUACCAGACGAAAUAUCAGGACCGAAAAUUAAUAUUGGCGAAGAUUAUCAAGCUGCAAUUCCGAAACUUCAAAUCAAAAUUGACUAUGACGAUGCAGAUCACGAUGAAUUAUUAUAUUCUUCAUCUCAACUUCCAUAUCUUGAUGAACAGGCACUUGAAAAAUAUGAGCAAUUAAGUCGAACAAAUCCUUUAUUAUUUUCCCCUCGUCAUUCUCCAACAUUAUAUCCCAUAGAAUUAGUAUAUAUGUUAUUGCAUGAAUAUAAUGGUGAUUUACAACGUACAUUAGCUGCUUUACUCGAUGGUACAGCACAUGAUAUAAAACAAUGUCGACCAUUACAUCGAUAUCAUUUUCCUGAAUGUGACAUAUGGACUAAAGAAGAAGUCGAUGCAUUUACAAAAGCAAUGGAAACAUUGGAGAAGAAUUUUCUGCUUAUUAGUCGAGCAGUUGGGACAAAAACUGUAAAACAAUGUAUUGAAUUUCAUUAUAUGCCAAAAGUGCAUCCAUUAGCUCGUGAAACAUCUACAAAUUCAUUAUCAGCCAAACGAAAACGAUUGCAAAUGUUAAAACAUAAACAACAUGAACAAAAACCACCAUUUGAUGAUGAAUCCUCAUUAGCAUUUCAUGAAUUUCGUAUUUAUGAUGAUGGUUUAACAAUGCAUAGUGAUAAUGCUUCAAUCGCUCAUUUUACCUGUGAUAUUGACAAUUGUAUGGAGACUUUUACAAGUGAACGAGCAUAUCGAGCUCAUCGUCAUGAUCAUCGUCGUAUAAAGAAUAAUGUAACAACACCAGUAAAUACGAAAACAAAAAUGAAAUCUUGA